ACUAGACGCUCCGUACACCUGGGCCAUAAGAGUUUAGUAGAUGGGUGCCGUUCUAUUGGCUCUUACAUUGCCCAGGGCGAUUGCAUAUUGGAAUCUUACAGGAGUGUUGCAGGCUUGUGCGUUGUGUUCUGUGUUGUGAGGCUAUUUUGGAUGUUCAGAAAUGUGUCUAUGAUGGUGGACUAUGAGUGUGUUUUUGCCGCUCGGAAUAUUCUUAACAUUGUCUGAGGAUAGUCCACGUUUAGUUCUGACGAACUGAAGCUACCAGUUAGAAUGCCGCCAUCUUGUCAGUGAUGAUCUGCUUGAGUGGAUACCAUGACGAUCAUCUACCAAUACCGGGUGGCGACAACGUCGCUAGGGGGCUUUGUCAAGCUCCUUGCAGCGUGGAAGGGCAGCGUCUACAAGCUGAUGUUCAAAGAGAUGUUGAUAUUCGGAGUUCUGUACACAUCAAUCAGUCUUCUGUAUCGCCUGCUGCUGACGGAACCUCAAAAAAGAGUGUUCGAGAAGAUCGUCAUCCACUGUAACAGCUUCACCAGCCUCAUCCCCGUCUCCUUCGUGCUCGGCUUCUACGUGUCCCUUGUCGUGAGGAGGUGGUGGCAGCAGUUCAUGAACAUCCCCUGGCCAGACAGGACACUAUUCAUUAUGACGACGUACCUGACCGGCCUGGACGAGAGGUCCCGGAUCAUGCGACGGACGGUGGCUCGCUACAUGCUGUUCGGCCUCAUCCUCAUCUCCCGCUCCGUCAGCGUGGCCGUCAUGAAGCGCUUCCCGACUCUGGACCACAUUGUAGAGGCAGGUUUCAUCACCAAGGACGAAGCCAUGACGUUUGAGGACACGCAGUGCCAGUUCCACAAGUUCUGGGUGCCCUUGAUGUGGGCCAACAGCGUGCUGGUUCAAGCUCGACGGGAGGGCAAGCUGGAGAACGAGUUCGGUCUACGAAUGAUCAUCGAGCAACUGGCAACGUUCCGAGAUAAAUGUUCUCUGUGUUUUGUGUACGACUGGAUAACAAUCCCUCUCGUCUACACACAGGUUGUGACGCUGGCCGUGCAUAUGUUUUUUGCGGCGUGUAUUCUGGGACGGCAGUUUCUGGACCCGCUCCAACAAUACGACGGCUACGAAUACGACUUCUACAUUCCUGUCUUUACUUUCAUGCAGUUCUUCUUCUACAUGGGCUGGCUGAAGGUUGCUGAGCAGCUGAUCAAUCCGUUCGGCGAGGACGAUGACGACUUCGACAUUAAUUGGCUACUUGAUCGGCAUACUGCGGUUGCGUUUACGCUUGUCGACCAAUGCUGUGGAAAACAUCCUCCGUUCGUGAAAGAUCACUUCUGGAAUGACGUGGUAGUUCCCGACCUUCCCUAUACUGAGGCGUCAAAACACUCCAAGAAACCCAACUUCAUGGGGUCAACUUUCAACAUAGCCCGUAUUGGUCUGGAGGAGCAGCGGAUGUUCGUCCCCGAGACCAGCAGCAUCAGGCGCCGUAGCAAGGGCUCACUCAGCAGCGCCUUCACCGGCUCCCUACUCAGUCUCUUCCGACAAAAAUCCCACUACGAUUCCAGGGAUACCCUGCAUUCCGCAUAUCAACAGGAACGAGGCUUUAGCGUGCCCAACGGCAGAAUGGGUUACCUGCAGGUGCCCUCCAUCGUCGUCACGUCAGAGCAUCCGUCUCGCCGAGCCUCCAUUGACCUUGCCGACAUCUCGGAUAGCCUCGAGCGUCUCCGAAUGGAAGGGAGGGGCCGCGCUAAUACGGACACUGAAGAGCGAGACCCCCCGAAGACUGAAGUAAAACGGAAAUUCAGCACGCCGUUUAAUUUUAACUUCUUUUCAAAGAAAGAAACAAAGAAACCAACGGAGCCGCCUCCCUCGUCCCCCAAGCAGCCAAGGUUCACAGUAGAGCUUGUCCCGGGGGAGGAGCACCAAGACCAGCCCCGGAAACGGAGGACCGGACAGAUCCUGCAGACCCUAGAGAAGCAAUAUGUGUCCAGGCCGCCAUUGUUGUCCGCCAUCGAAGAGGGCAACACGAUCACCAGCAUCCGCCAGCUCAUGACCUUGACCCCCAGUGGUUCCGACCUUGAGGAGGAGGAGGAGGACGCUUUUUCUGACAGACCAGAGCGAGGCUCAGAAAGCGAAAGCGAGCCGAAAGGCCUUGACCGCAAGGUAGCAACGGUGUCACCCGGCGACGUGCACAAUACACCCAGUACAAAGCUCAUGAUAGCAAACGACACAGAGUUGAGUGACCUUGACCCAAGGGAAACUUACUCCGACGAGACACCCAUCAUCCCGACAGUCAGCAUUGAUGAGCUCUAAUACGCAGGCGCAAUAGGGAUACUUAUACUGAGGGCAGAUUUCAAUUGGAACUGGAGUACAGCUCUAGUAGUGACUUUAUUUCAGCUGUUAAUACGUGUAGGAUUAUAGGAAAUUCAGCUGACCAUCCAGAUGUUCCCCGUCAUCUUUUGCCAAGAGCUGAUCACGUGGACAGUGCAACCUCAGUGACGUACAUCACCAAGCAGGCCUUCGAAGCAUGAAUGGAAAAUAUUGUAUAGAUCACCCAAAACAGGCUUGGAAAUGAGAUACCGCAGUGAAAUUUCAUCACACGCCAUUGUGACGUCAUCGGUUACCAUGCAUUACCACCCGUGAAGAUUCGGGGUAGAAUAGGUCUUCAGCAAAAAAGACGUAAAAGACGACUAUGCUUGUCGUAAGAGGCAACUAACGGGAUCG